AUGGGAGGAAGGCGCAGAGCCCCACCUGGAUCCAACGAGGAUUUCACAUUUGUUAGUCCAGUUGUGAAGUACCUGCUGUUCUUUUUUAAUUUUGUUUUCUGGGUGAUCUCCGUCAUAUUGGUGGCAGUCGGCGUUUACGCCCGUGUGAUCAAGCACACAGAGGCAGCCCUGGCAUGUCUGGCAGUAGAUCCUGCCAUGAUGAUUAUGGCAGUGGGAAUCCUGAUGUUCAUAAUCACCUUCUGCGGCUGUGUGGGCUCUCUUCGAGAAAACAUCUGCCUCCUGCAGACCUUCUGCAUUUCUCUGACAGUGAUUUUGAUAAUCCAGAUAGCUGCUGGCAUUCUGGGAUUCAUCUUUUCCAAUAAGGCAAGAACUAAAGUAACUGAAAUUAUCAACAAUGCAAUCGUUCAUUACAGAGAUGAUGUUGAUCUCCAAAACCUUAUCGACUAUGGGCAGACUAAGUUUGGAUGCUGUGGUGGUAUGAUGCACAAAGACUGGUCCCAGAACAUCUACUUCAAUUGCAGCCAGUCUAACCCCAGCAAAGAGCGCUGCUCGGUCCCCUUCUCCUGUUGCAUCCCCACCGGAAACAAGACGGUAAUCAACACCAUGUGUGGUCAGGGCAUGCAAGGCAUGGAUCAGCAAGAAGCUGAGAAGCAGAUCCACACCGACGGCUGCAUAGACAAGUUGGUUGACUGGAUCCACAGCAACCUGUUCAUGCUGGGCGGUAUUGCCCUGGGACUGGCAGUACCACAGUUAUUUGGCAUGGUGUUGUCUCAGAUGUUGAUAAAUCAGAUCAAAGAGCAGAUUAAACUGCAGAGCUACAACCUGAAGCACACAUUUGAUCCAUGGAGUUGAUCCUGGGCGAGGUUCUCAUAAGGGACAUAAUAGCUCGUGGAGAAAACGGAAUUGGCUAAAAAGCACACAGUGAAUGCAAAAAAAAAGAAAGAAAGAAAGAAAAAUAAAGGAGUUUGUUUGAAGAUGUGAGACGUUGCUGCCACCUUCUGGACAGUUAAGGUGCUUGCAUUACCAGAACUGCACCGGUCAUCUUAUUAUUAUUUUUUAAUUGUUUAUCUGUUUUUAGUGGAUAAAGAGAAAGAGGUACAGAGUACUCAUUCCACUAUAAUUUGUAAAUUUCUAAAAAUGGUUUGUGCUUCAUAUUUCAAGCAUGCUUGAUUUGUUUGAACUCAGGAAUGAUGUUCAGUUGAUGUCCUCUGUGUUCUUCAUUUAGUUUUCUUUUAUAUAUAUGUGUG